CUCACUUCCUGUCAACGAAAGAAAGCCGGAAGCAGAUUUGAAACAACAGGCACUCUGUUGUGAUUCUUCCUCUAAUUUCAAACAGAAUGGCAGACGAAGAGGAUGAGACCGGCUUCGAGGAGGAGUUGGACGAGACCUGCGGUGGAGUGGAUGUGUGCCACGGCCGGAGAAAGAGGCUCUUCUCCAAGGAGCUCCGGUGCAUGAUGUACGGCUUCGGAGACGACCAGAACCCGUACACUGAGUCGGUGGAUAUCCUGGAAGACCUGGUGAUCGAGUUCAUCACAGAAAUGACCCACAAAGCCAUGUCCAUCGGACGCCAGGGUCGCGUCCAGGUGGAGGACAUCGUCUUCCUCAUUCGAAAGGAUCCCAGGAAGUUCGCCAGAGUCAAAGACCUGCUGACCAUGAAUGAGGAGCUCAAGAGGGCCCGCAAAGCUUUUGACGAGGCAAACUAUGGCUCAUAAACACCAGCUGAAACAAUUGCAAACACAUUUCUUUUUUUUUUUUGGACAUCUAUUUUGUACCUAUCGUAGCUGACUUUGGUAUACCUGGAUUGGUCGCCAGUCAAUCACAAGACGCAGACAAACAAUCAUUCACACCUAUGGACAAAUUAAUCUACCGUCAACCUAACGUGCAUGUUUUUGGACAGUAUAUUCAUUAUUUACUGACAUGUGCACACAGUACUUUACCUAGUUUUGAAAAUUUUAUCAUUUUUUUAAGUAAAUGUUUUGCACCCUGUAACCCUUUAAAUAAACGUAUAUGUUUAUGUUUGA